GGAGUCCCCAGCUUCAAACAGUGAAUGUCAUGAGUAAUCGAAACAAUUCCUUUGUUUUAUGUUAUACAGUCGUAAUUCAAUGCUCAAAUUAACAUUUGAUGGGGAUUAUAUAAUCCUAAAUCUUUCUUAAGCUUGAAACGAGAGAAAAAAUUAAACACGUGCCGUAAGCCUCCGAUUAAUCAAGAGUACAUGUACACACAAAUUUUGACAUACGAGUGCAAAAUGGCGGAGUCGUUAGUCGUGUUUUCACAAUUAAAGAAUUUAAUUAUUUGUUACUCGUGAAUCUAAGGAUAUAGAUGUGAAUUAAGUAUGUGGAUAUAUUGAAUAUAGUGGAAUGAUGUCAUUCAGCGUCUCAUGCAGGCUAAGAAACGUUAUACAACCGCAGUAAUAUGUGGUUUUAUUUUGGUUCUUCUGUAUUUAGGAGUAAAAAAUCUUCCUAAUCAUUUUAUUGAUAAUGGAAGACACUUUUCCAUUGAGAAUGGAGAGUUCUUGUCAUUUCUUGACGCCAGUGACUACUCAUUUGGGGAAGAUUUGCACAUGUCGCCACGGGCACGAAGGUCGACCGGCUUCGACACGGACUAUACAAAGUGUCGGAUGGAGACGUGUUUCGACUAUUCAAAAUGUCGGAAUGGAUUUAAAGUGUACGUUUACCCGCGCGAAGACAAAAUAUCGCAUAGCUAUAAUAAGAUCAUCUCAUCCAUUCAAGAGUCUCGGUUUCACACAUCGGACCCGAAUGAAGCAUGUUUAUUCAUCUUAGCUUUAGACACGUUAGAUAGAGAUGUUUUAAGUGCCGAUAUGAUACAAGAUAUUGAUAUGAAAAUUAGCAAAUUACCCCACUGGAACAAUGGAAUUAAUCAUCUUGUUUUUAAUUUGUAUUCUGGAACAUGGCCCGAUUAUGUGUUAAAUGUAGAUUUUAAUUUAGGACAGGCAAUGCUAGCAAAGGCUAGCAUGUCAACAAAUACGUUUCGUCCCAAUUUUGAUAUUUCUUUUCCACUUUUUGCCAAAGAUCACCCUCAAAAGGGUGGAGAAAGGGGGCAUUUGUAUACUUCUACAAACAAUAUUCCCCCACUUAGGUAUUAUUUGUUAGGCUUUAAAGGAAAACGGUAUUUAACUGGAAUUGGCUCGGAAACCCGCAAUUCUUUGUACCAUAUCCACAACAAAAAGGAUAUAAUACUGCUUACAACGUGCAGACAUGGAAAAAACUGGCAGAAGACAGCGAAGAAACUCAAUGAUACAAGAUGUGAUAAAGACAACGAAGAAUAUGACAAGUACGAUUACAAGAAGUUGCUGUACAACGCUACAUUUUGCCUCGUCCCGCGUGGUCGGCGCCUCGGAUCUUUUAGAUUUCUUGAAGUAUUACAAGCUGGCUGUAUUCCUGUAUUGCUAAGCAAUGGAUGGGAGCUUCCAUUUUCGGAAGUGAUCGAUUGGAACAAGGCAGCAAUGUGGGGGGACGAACGACUCUUAUUCCAGGUGCCUUCAAUUGUGAGAUCUGUCGCCCAUUCGGAGUUACUGGCCUUGCGACAACAGACCCAGUUUUUAUGGGAUACAUACUUCUCGUCCGUGGAUAAAAUAGUCUCAUCCACGCUAGAAAUUAUCAAGGAUCGAGUGUUACAGCAUUUGUCGCGAGACCAAGUCAUGUGGAACACGUUGCCUGGUAGCCCCUGGCUUCUGCGUGAAUUCUCCGACAAUCUCGCCGCAUUCCCUUUCUUCUAUAACCAACUUGGUCGCGAGGUUGGCGAGAAAUUUACAGCUGUCAUUUACGCGACCACGCCCGUUACCCUCUCGUCUUCUCCACUGUUCAGGCUGAUACGAACCAUCGCCAAGUCAGCCUAUAUUCACAAGAUGAUUGUGAUAUGGCACUGCGAUGUCGCUCCACCCCCAUCUCACCGCUGGCCAGCUGAUUUGGGCGUCCCUGUGGUGGUCAAGACCAGAAAUAUUAAGACGAUAAGUUCUCGAUUUUACCCGUACCAAGAGAUUGAAACAGAUGCGGUGUUUGGUUUUGACGAGGAUGUGAUUUUAACCACAGAUGAGAUCGACUUUGCCUUAAGCGUGUGGCGGGAAUUUCCAGAGAGGAUUGUGGGAUACCCGGCACGCAGUCACCACUGGGAUGAGGCUAAAAAUAGAUGGAGCUACUCUUCACGCUGGAGUAAUGAAUAUUCCAUGGUGCUAACAGGGGCAUCCAUCUAUCACAGAUACUACAACUUCCUGUACACCAACGGUCUUGGAACGAUGUUGACACGGAGUGUCGACGACACCCAGAACUGCGAGGAUAUCCUCAUGAACUUUCUUGUCAGUCAUGUGACAAAACUUCCACCAAUCAAAGUGACUCAUAGAAAACUAUAUCGUGAGGUGCUCCUGCCGAACAAUUCUAAAAAUAACCUGUGGAGCGAUUCGUUUCAUUUCUCCCAGAGACAGAUCUGCAUCGAGACUUUUGCCAAUGAAUUUGGUUACAUGCCAUUGAUAAGAUCAAAACUGCGAAUGGAUCCAAUUUUGUUCAAAGACCCUGUUUCAAACCUGAGAAAGAAGUAUAAACAGAUUGAGCUGGUAAACACUUGACGAAUGUUUAUUCGUUAGUUGAGAAAUGACUUACGGUGCCCCGUAUAUACGGCUGAUAUAAUAUAGGAGUUUUUUUUUUUUACAAAGUCAUGUGAUUUUUUUUUAAGCUCCAUGUUUGGUCAUACAAUUUUAUAUCAUGUGAUGCAUAGAAAAUGGGGAGGUUUUCUGUUUUAAGAAUUGUUUGGUGUUAAUUAAAUUGAUUUUACACUGAGUUUAAGGCAUAUAAACUUUUGGCAGAAUCUUUUUGCGGUAAAUACAUUUGUAAAUUUUGAUAUCACUAAAUACAUGCAUUUUUUUCCAUGAUGAAAAAAUAGUCAUUGAAAAUACUUGAAAUCAACUGAAAUAGAUUGUCAACUAAUAUACAGCUAACAUACAACGAAUAUACAAGCGAUGCUUAGCGCUCUCACCCAGUUCUAUCCAAUAUAAAUAAAAACAGAAAACAUCCCAUAUUUUUUUCUCGGCCUUAUUGAAUGUUCUACAUUUUUAUCUUGUUUUACUUUUAUUCCUAUGAUUCGGCUGGUUACUUACAGUUGUAUUUUUAUUGGAAACAUGGUUUUUUGAAGGUUGUAUUUAUUUUCAAGCUUUAAUAUUUUUGUUUGCAUUUAUUCAUUCAGUAUCAGCUUGUUUAGCAAAAAAAAAGUUUUUGUAAAUAUAUUAAAAUUUAUAUUUCAUUUUUCUGCUUCCCAUUGUACCGUAAUACAUCCAAAUAAUCUCAUAGAAAAAGGCUUAUGAUCAAUAUUCGAUUUAUAAAGCAGUCAUUUACUUCAUCUACUUUCAUAUUUUUCAAGACUUGCUUUUUUGUUCAUAGCCGUCGAAAAACUAUAGUUGUUAAAAUUACCAUUGAAAACAAUGACUCAAUUUCAAAAUCAAAAAAUAUUUUGUAACAUAAUUAUAUACUGACACCGCCAGAGGUGUUUGUGGAAGUGUAGUCUGCAUUAUGACAAUAAAUGCAUGAACAAAGCUUUGAAUGGAUCAUUUAGGUGUGUAAAUAGAAAAAGGUUUUAUUUAUUUUUAAUUUUUUGGUUUAACUAUGCUGAAAAACUGGUUAACUUUCUAACUAGGGUAUACUAAUGCACUACAAUCAGGCUAGUUAACUUCUAACUUUCUAUUUUAUAAAUUUCACACGCUUUCAUUGUUUUUAUUUAUAUAUGGUAAGUAUUCACAGUAUGAAUGAAAUAAUGUUCAAAUAAAAUAUUCUAAAAAUAAUAAUAAACUUGAAGAGCUCACCGCAAAAGUGAAGUGAGGUAAAACUGUUUUACAGCGAAUUCUUGAUGAACAAGGGGGCGUUUUGAUCAAAGGAUAUUGUAAAGAUGUUUAACUUCAAUUAUCUUAAAUCAAUUAUUUGUAUAUACUGCAGAAAUAGAACGAAGAUGAUUGUUUUUUAUUUUCUCAACGUUGUGUUCAAUUAAUACUGGCUAACGUUCUUUUCACCCAAUUAUGUUGCUAAUAGUGGAAACAUGAGACUAAAAUAUGUUCAAUUUACUACUGAGAUCAUCUAAAAACUUGACUGAAAUGGGCGCCAGUAGCAGACAGCCAUGUGUGCCAAAAUGCUCACCAUUUUAUUGAGCAUGGUUAAUUAACUUUGUACACGUUUAGAUGUUGUAUAGUUUAGACUAGAUUUGUCUUUUUGAUACAAACUUAAUUAUUUCACUCACAACAGCAUUUUUUUUAUAUUAUGCUAUGUUAACGUAUUGCUUAUAACAGACUCACACAUGUGUAAAGAUACAAACAAGUUCACACGACUAAUAUUUGAAUCAGCCCCAUAGUACAUAAUCAUUGUUUAAAAAUAUCAGACUGGUUUAAAAAUAUCGGUUUAAAAAUAUCAGACAGGUCUUAACAUUGGUGGUUCUUUACAUUUAAACAGGGAAGCUAAUUUUCCUUUUCUGCUGAUUUGCUCUUUUUUUGGCCACUUUUAACAUUUAAAUUGUUGCCUUUUAUCUCAUCUACAAUAUAUAUAUAUAUAUAUAUAUAUAUAUAUAUAUAUAUAUAUUGUGAUGGGGAUACUCCUAUUUCGCAGUGGUUUCCUCCUCUUUUUUUUACAAAAUUUCAUUGCCAUCCCUGUUUAAAACACACUAGUUUGAACCGCAAAAAGCUACAGAAGUCCUUAAGAAUAUGGAGAACCUCUUGUCAACAAGUGCGAGGAGAAAAAAUGUCAUGAUUAAAAUGGAAAACUUUUGUCAAGAAUCAAGCCACAUAUCAAAAAUAGACUGGAUUCAAAAUCAUAGCUAUGUCUUAUGGGACCAGCUGAUAUAUUUUAAGAUCAAUAUAUGUUAUUCAAGAUUAUCAUUUUUGAUCUGCGAUUGUCCGAUUCUUUCGUUACUACAUCCAGGAUGCAUGAUAUUCACAAAACAUCUCAAGUUAAUUCCUUACCUUAUGUUAUUUUCAUUUUUUAAUUAUUUAACUGGUCAUAUCGCAUAGUUACUUAAUGACUUCUGAAAGACUAUUUAAAAAAAACACGCUUUAUAUAAUUAUCUUGUAGUAUACACAUAUAUUAAUUUGACAAUAAAUUAAGUUAGGAAACAAGUUGAACUUAGUAUUUUUUAUGACUACGGACCCCGGGCCAUUGUGAAUUUCCUGGUCCUUACUUUCAUGUUUUUUCUCACUAUACAUAGCUGCAAAAGAAAAAAAACAUUGAAAAGGAAAAAAAACUAUUGAACUUGCACCAUUUUUCAUCAUCAUUAUUUUGAUCAUAUUGUUUAAUGGCAAAGUAUUUAUCAGAAUGGUAUUUUUGGUCAUAUUGGCAAAACUUAAUCUGUAAAUAUUGCAGUUACAUAUAUCAGAUGCUUCCAAUUUAAAUUGUUUUUGUUAAAAAUAUGAAAUGUAUGUGUCUUUACAGUACAAAAUAUGAUGAACAUUAUUAAAUUUAAAAAAAAUGCCUUUUUUCAAAACUUGCUGUAAUUCCACUGGCAUUUAUUUUAUUUGUUGCUAAUAUGAAGUACAUCGACUUGUAUGAUUUGUCCAUGUGUAUGGGUAAUGGGGCCCCUUCAAGGGCUUGUCAAAAAACAGAUGACCUCUCUAUACGAAAAUUGAUUGAAUUAAGACAGUUUUGCACUGAACCCACAAAUUGUAUUUUCACUACAAAAUACAUAUUUAAAUGAAGCAUAGUGAUAUAUAAAUACAUAAUGCCACUGAUGUACACAUAGUGAUUCAUUUCAUCUCAAAAACCUACAUGUGUGUGUAGCCAACGUGAUCCAAUUGACACGACGCCGAAACCAUCCUGAUUAUUUUAUUGUAGCUGUUUUACCACUGGAUUGAUUUAUUAUUCACAUGAUAACCCUUGACAAUUAAACACAUGUUGACUAAAAUAAAUUCAUUUGAUAAUCGAUGUAGGUAAUUAUCGAGGGCGGUCGUUAUCGGAUUAAGAUGUCAUAUCAAUCAUAAUCGAAGUUCUAUUUGCCGAUGUUUUAUUGAUUCAUGUUUAUUCUUAUUGUAAGACACACAUAUAUUUUUGAUGCCUCAAGUUUAAUCUAGUUGUUUGUAACCUUAUACAUGUAUGCUAUAAUGUGAACCUCGUUUACUUAUGAUAGUCACCCAACUUAGACUCUUGGAUUAACAAACCCAAAUCCUUAUCCGAGCGCUUGGCAUCAAAAUUGUAAACAAGCCCUGCUUUAUAAAAUCCAGAUUGUGAGCAAGCCCGAAAUAUGGGUUACCAGUAUGAGGCUUGCUGGCUUAUUUCGACCAUUGUUAUGAUUUUAUUGUUUUACUUAAGAUGUACAUAUUGUAACUGAAUAUUUUGUGUAUGCAUGGAAUCUGUGUAUAACACAGUGAAUAUGAAAUGUGCAUGUUACAAGUUGUAUUUAUUUAUUGUGAGGUAUCCACCCUACAAAUAAGUUGGUUCUGCUGAUAGCCUCUAUCGACCUUAAUGUUAAAUGUUGAAUCUUCGUGACGCCUGAUAAUUUUGGUAUCAUUUGAAAGGCAUUUGCUUCCUGAUCACUGAUAUGUAAAAUAAAUGAUAGUGCAUCCCAUAAAAAGUUAUCACAUAUUGUAUAUUUGCUCUAUAUUUUAUCAGGUGUCAGAUGCUAUCUUUGAAGGCCAAAAUACUAUCUUCUUUCAGAUAAAAACUUAUAUUAUUUUACUGCGCACAAAAUCCUUUCAAAUGAUACCAAAAAAAUAUCGGGUCGCUAGGAGCAUAAAAUUUACUUAGUUAUGGGCUGGUUACCUUAAACUGAAUUAUUGAAGACAAACUAUAAUUCUGCCGUAUUUUUUUAGCAUUUUAACUGUGUGUGUAAGAAAUUGUUAUAGUUUUAGUCAAUACUUUUUUCUCUGCAAAGUUUUUUUAGUCUCUUGGUUAAACAAUUUCAUUCUUGAUAAAAAACAUUUUGAAAUUUUGCGUGGUUUGCAAUUUCCAUGAAUUGAAUUUCAUUAUGUGAAAACACGCUUUGAUCAGAAAAAAGCACAUCUGAAUUUAUCUGGUGUGGUUGUUAAAUCAUUAAAUCAUUCAGAUUAAUCUGCAUUUUGCCUGUGAUCAUGUCACGUUGUAAAUAGCUUUAAAACUAAAAUAUAUUUUUAUAAACAAAUAAUGACUAGCUGCUCAUUUUAAUGUUGUUAGUUUUUUCUAAUGGUUAAGAGGAAAAAAUGAGAUUUAAGAAGUUUAUUCAACCCUAUUUUUGCACACAAAAUGUACAACUAUCUGCUUACGAAUUUCGAUUUAUGAAAUCUGCAAUGAUAUAAAAAGGUUGUCAAUUCUUAUGCAAGCACAUGUUAUAUAUCAUUUAAGUGUUCAGCAGCACGAAAGGAAAGAACAGUCACUUCACCUUUGCCAUGGUUCAUUGUUGGCUCAUUGGAUUGCAUGAACAAGAUCUUCUUAAUCUUUCGCACAUUUUUGUUACGUGCAUGCAUGAAUAUCUACCGGUAAUAAAUGUAAAAUCAAGAACAUGUGUAGGUUGCUAAUGUUGCCUUUUAUACUGUAUAUAUUAAUUUCAUAAUUAACAGUUGAAGGUUAUUCAUAUGCAUUUUGCAAUUUAAAUGUGCCUGGAGGGUUGGAGAUGUUUAUUUGUUAAAUGCAUAUGAAUAAUAGUCCUUUAACCAGCUUAGUGUUUGAGAUUAUAUUUUGUCUACUUACUUAAUAUCUGUUUAAAUCGAAAGAUUCACUGGAUCAAAAUCAACAACAGCUGACUGCCGAUUGACCAAAAAUAAAUGUACGGCAGACUUGUAAAAAAAAACUGCCAUCCCAUUAGACAAAAUAUAAUUUUGAACACUCACUUUGUUUCUUGCUUAAAAAAUGUAUGCAAGAGCUAGAUUUGGGUAUACAUGUAUUUGCAAAUUCAGAAGAAAGGGCAAGGCUAUCAAAUGCUUGCAAACAUUGAUUCAGCUUUGUAUUUAAUUAUUUGAUUUAUAUAUGAAUUAUACCUUAUGUAAGGUCACACCAAACCAUUUUCAUUUAUCCCCUUUUCCAGUCAUUGAUGAUAAUUGAUCAAUCAAAGUUUGAAACAAUUUGUAUUGCUGAUAACUGCACUUUGAUUAAUUCCCUCAUAAAAAUAGAACACAUUGAUAUUCCAAGACGGAAUUAUGAUAUAAAGUUUAACAUAAUUUGUCAUUGAGAGGAGUCAAACAUAAUUUUUCAUUAAGGGGAGUCGAACACAUUUUUUCAUUGAGGGGAGUCGAACAUAAUUUUUUUUCAUUGAGGGGAGUUAAACUACAUAUGUCAUUGAGGGGAGUCAAACAUAAUUUGACAUAGAGGGGAGUCGAACAAAAAUUGUCAUUAAUAGGACUUGAAUAUAAUUUGUCAAAUAUUAGGAGUUGAACAUAAUUUUUCAUUGUGGGGAGUCGAACAUAAUUUGUCAUUGAGGGGAAUCGAACAUAAUUUUUCAUUGAGGGGAAUCGAACAUAAUUUGUCAUUGAGGGGAAUCGAACAUAAUUUUUCAUUGAGGGGAGUCAGACUUUAUUUGUUGUUAAGGGGAGUUGAACAUAAUUUAGUUAGGGGUUUCAAAUUUGUUUUCAUUAAAAUCGAUGAUUGGUGAAAAGGAUUAGUUCAUAUUUUGUACAUACUACUUUCCUAGGGGAUUUUAUGUCCAAAAUAGUUGACAAAAUGAAACAAAAAUAUUUGGUGUGCCCUUUAAAAAUAUAGUCUGGUCAACAAUGUAUUAACCUCUAAAUAUUGGCCAGUGGUAUACGAAGACAUGAAUGAUCGACAAAAUAUAGAAAUGUAUUGAUGUAAUUCUUUAUUUUGUUUUGUAAAAAUAUAACAAAGCUUUAUAUCAUGUAUUUGGUAAAUGAAUUUAUACCUGAUCUUACAAACAAAUGUUAUACAUUGAUCAAAAUAAAAUAAAGCUAUGUGAUAGCUACUUUUU